UAGUUCAAUCUAAUUCUGCUUUUGGUCCAUACCCCAAAUAUAUUUGUAAAUGUGGUAAGAUUCAAAGUGAUAUAUGCGAAACGGCAACAGUAGCUAUUUCUUCUGUAUAUCAUCAACUUUUCAAAACCAAGACAAAAUUUUCAGGUCCAGAAGUUCUAGGAUUUGAUAAAACAAUUAUUACAGACGAAUUAUUAUCAGAUUUACCCUUUCGCCCUUAUAAUUUUCAACUUGGGAUCCUUCGAAUUUGGAUAGUAAGAAUUGGCUCUAAUGAAAUUACAACUAAUUUAGCAGGCCCCAGAUUUAAAUCAGCCUUCAUAUAUCAAUAUAAUAAAAAAUAUGAAAUUGGAGAUCAGGAAUUUCGAGCCUGGAAAGCAAUGCUAAAAAAUGUUGGUUGUUCUGAUAUUACCCCAUAUGAAAAAGAUCAGUCAAAAUUCGAGUUUUGGUCUCGGUCCAUUACUCCGGAUAGUGAUAGAAGUUCUUUGUCUACAUUAUACAAUCUUGGAUUUGUUACUUCAGCUCCCUUAUACUCCUCUAUGAAUGCUUUUUGGAAUUCUUUUCACAAUUCUUUGAAAAUUAAUAAAUGCGGCAUAGAUAGGCGAUUAGUUACUAACAAACCUGUAAUUAGACAUGAAAAAAUGUCGUCAGAAAAAAAUGCACAAUUACAAUCUUUUUUAAUGGACAAAGCUAAUAUCAUAAUGAGCUCAUAUAAAACUAACCCUAUUACAAAUGAACCAGUAUAUUACCUGAAAAAUUCAAAAGAUAUACUGUGGAACAAAUUUCAUGAAGAAUACCCGAAUGGAAUGUGCUGCUUUGAUGUAACAGUAGGACAGGAUAUUGAGAAUGCGAUCACAGGAAUUAAAGGGACUUCUGUUGCAAAUCUGAAUCCUAUUCGGGACAGAGGUAGUGGUAAUAAUACAUUACCUGGAAAUUCUAACUGGUUUGAGUGGCAAUGGCCAACAACGGGUGAAUUUUCCGGAUGUAUUAAAGCACGAGAUAUUCCUAGUAUAGGUCUUAUUCCGAGUCGUCUUACAAGAGAAAGUCUAGUGAAAGAAUUAGAAAAACGAAACUUUAGGUUCAAUAAUAAAGAAAAUAAAGAUCAAUUGAUAAAUUUACUAGAAAACCAAUUGGUGGAAGAUACGAAGCAGGCAAAAAUAGCUCAUAACCAAACAAAUAGUAUAUCUAACAAAGAGAAUUGUCAUAUUUUCAAAGUGGACAAGUUUUCUCUAAAUUCGGGUUGGGCUCUUAAGGCAAAUCAAAAGUUUGGACGAAAGGGUACAGGAAAGCGAAUAUCACCUGAAAUUAGAGCGCUAUUAGAAGGAUAUUUCUUAGCAGGAAAUAUAAAUAAAAGUGAUAGAUAUACGGCACAGGAUAUGCAUGAUGAACUUGUUCAACAUGCACAAGAAGGUGAAAUUAAAGUAGAAGAAGUACCUAAAGUUGCCACAAUUCAAAAUUGGAUUGGUUAUUACACAUGA